CCAGGUGUGGUCUGAGCAGGUGCAGUCAUGGAGGAGUUGGUACCACCACUCACCAUCGGUCCCAUGGUUGUCGACACAACGUUUGAAAUCACCGUCCUCCUGGUUCUGCUGCUGCUGCUUCUGCUGCAAACCUGGAUGCAAACAAAACGCUCAAAUAUUCCAGGUCCAUCUUUCAUGGCAGGAAUUGGCCCAGUUCUCUCAUACACCCGGUUCAUCUGGAUGGGCAUUGGCACAGCAUGCAACUUCUAUAACACCAAGUAUGGCAGCAUUGUCCGGGUCUGGAUUAACAACGAGGAAACACUGAUUAUUAGCAAGUCAUCUGUAGUUUAUCAUGUCCUGAAGAGUUCCAACUACACUGCCAGAUUUGGGAGCAAACAAGGUCUUGAGUGUAUUGGGAUGGAAGGGAAGGGAAUCAUUUUCAACAGCAAUGUACCACUCUGGAGGAAAGUGAGGACGUACUUUUAUAAAGCUCUGACGGGCCCCGGCCUCCAGAGGACGGCAGCUGUCUGUGUGAGCUCCACUGCCAAACACCUGGACGAUCUGCAGGAGCUGACCAGCCCGUCCGGACAUGUGGACACUCUCAAUCUACUGAGAGCCAUAGUGGUGGACAUCUCCAACAAGCUGUUCCUCAGGGUGCCUCUGAAUGAAAAAGAAUUACUGAUGAAGAUUAAUCACUACUUUGAGACCUGGCAGACGGUUCUAAUUAAGCCUGAUAUUUUCUUCAAGAUCGGAUGGCUCUACAACAAGCACAAGAGAGCGGCUCAGGAGCUACAAGAUGUGAUGGGAAGUCUUCUAGAAAUGAAGAGAAACAUGAUCAAUGAAUCGGACAAACUGGAUGAAGAUCUUGACUUUGCAACUGAGCUCAUAUUCGCUCAGAAUCAUGGAGAACUUUCAGCAGAAAAUGUGCAGCAGUGUGUGCUGGAGAUGGUGAUCGCAGGACCUGACACACUUUCCAUUAGUCUAUUUUUCAUGCUCAUUCUGCUGAAACAAAACCCUGAAGUAGAGCAGAGGCUAGUGGAGGAGAUGAACACAACUUUAGGAGGAAAGGGGGCAGAGAGUGUUGAUUUUCAGAGUCUGAACCUGUUGGAGAAGUUCAUUAAUGAGUCACUGAGGUUUCAUCCUGUGGUUGAUUUCACAAUGAGGAAAGCUCUGGAAGACGACAACAUCGAAGGCACAGAAAUAAAGAAGGGAACCAACAUCAUUCUUAACAUCGGUCUGAUGCAUAAGACUGAAUUCUUCUCAAAGCCAGAUGAGUUCAGUCUGAGUAACUUUGACAAAACAGUGCCGAGCCGUUUUUUCCAGCCCUUCGGCUGUGGACCUCGGUCGUGCGUGGGCAAACACAUCGCCAUGGUAAUGAUGAAGGCCAUCUUGGUUACUCUGUUGACACGCUACACAGUGUGUCCUCGUCAAGGCUGCACCAUCAGCAGCAUCAGGCAGACCAACGACCUGUCGCAGCAGCCGGUGGAGGACGAGCACAGUCUGUCCAUGCGCUUCAUCCCUCGCACAACACAAGCUCAACAACACACAACACAACCUGCACUGAGACAUAUUCAACCAAACAACUGAGUAGUGUCCAGGAGGAUGUUUCUAUCUGCAGUUAUGAAGGAUGAGACCUGCUGAGAUAAUGACUUUGGGGUCAUCACAUUUGAGUAUUAGUUUGGUACUCGUACUACUUUGGUUUUACUGACCUGGAACUAAAACAGUGUGGAGUUUUGAGUAGUGCUGUAGAAUGAUUACAAUGUUUAAUUAGAUUAAUCACAGGAUUGCAGUGGAUUAAUUUUGAUUAAUCACAACUAAAUAUCAUUCAUUUUUAAUCUAUAUUAAUCGCAUUUCAUUUUGCAUGAGCAAACAGACUCAAGAAUGAAGGGAAUAUAUGUAUGCACUUGACGUGUUUGCCACAAGCUGGGCGACACAUUAGCUGAAGUGUUCGCAGAAUCCCCGACUAACGUAUGCUUCGUGUUAAUGUGGUAUUUUAAGCUGGAAGUGCUUCAGUGAAAAGAAAACUCCUUGUGUAUAAUACUUCAUGUCAGUCGACUGCUCUGUCUUGGUUUUUUCGUCCUCAUAUUUCCAUCCAGAGGGCCAAUGUGCUGUUUAGUGUCUUGCAUCUUUAUGGGUUGGUUCUGCUGCCUGUCACUACCAGAUCAACCGCCCAUUUCUGCAUGUGAGGCAUUAACUCUUCUUGGACAAACUGCCCCAAAUGUGUUGGCAGAGACGUUCAGAGUCAUUCUGCGCUGCAGAUGGGUUAAGUGCGUUAAAAUUUUUAUCAGAUUAAUCAUGAUGAUGGAUUAAUCCGCAUUAACGCGUUAAUUUUGACAGCCUUAGUUUUGAGACAAACCUUGUUCGUGUGCAGCUUGCACCUUGUACAAGCAUAAUAACCUGUCAUAUGUGUGUGUUUACAAAUGAUCAGUUAUUUAAUACUUUUUAAAACCUUUUAAUGUGAGACUGAUCUUUGGACAAACCAUCUUUCUCUAAGUCAAAUAAUAGAUUUUUAAAAAUGAUAUUUGAUAUAGAAAUACGGUCGCUGUGAGUUUAGGUAAAUCUACAUUUUACAUUUAUUUUCAAAGUAAAAAAGUGUUGUGGUUCAGUUGUAGGUUUAAUACACUGUCGCCCAUAAAGUUGGAAUAAAAUAUUUUUAAUCUUCUUGUAAUCUGAUUGUAACAAUGUGAUUUAUUCUUGAUAGAUAAAGUGAAAUUGGGACCCAGUAUGUAAUCAUUGAUCAAAGGCGAUUACUGAUGUUUACAAAUAAGAAUAAAAAGAGGAAUAUUAUGGGUAAGAGCGUACUUUAUAAUCAGAAAUAUGGACUUAUAACAGCUUGUACUGAAAAAAGAAAAGAUGGAUAAACCAAAAUAUAUGAACACUGAAGACCUCACACAUUCAUGUAUUAUUUCAUAAUGUCAUUAUUUUCUACAAUGCCUAAGGCCUAAACACUGCACUAAAGCAUUUGAAGACAUUUUAUGUAGACAUAAUACUGUAAGAAAAGCUCAGCAUGUAGGAGUAUUUUGUUUCUGAGUCUGAUAAUGAAUUAAAAUGUUUGUAUAUAGUUUUUGUGUACAAAAUGCCCUCCUUUUCUUUCUGUUAAGCACAAGUAGCCACUGAAUAAAAAAACAGAGUGA